AUGGCCUGGAGAUGUUCUGGACAAAGUAAUGCCGAACUGAUUGCCAAUCUGUUUAAAUCCAAUAUCAUUUCAAGUAAUAGUGUCUCGAGGGCAAUGUCUCGUACCGAUCGUGCACUGUUUUGCAGGAGUGAUCAUCGAGAUUAUGCCUACUUGGAUCAACCUCUUCCGAUCGGAAAUGAUGUGACAAUAUCUGCUCCUCAUAUGCAUGCCUAUUGUUUGGAAUUGUUGGAAGAUCAUUUGAAACCAGGAAAUAGAGCAAUGGAUGUUGGAAGUGGUAGUGGCUAUCUUGUUGCUACUAUGGCUGAAAUGAUGGCUCCACAAGUUGAACAUGUGGUUGAAGGAACUAAAAUUGUUGGCAUUGAAUAUUUGCAAUCAAUCUAUUUAUUUGGAAAGGAAAAUAUUGAAAAGUAUCAAAAAACAAAGGAUUUAAUGAAUCAAGGUAUUAUUGAAAUGAUUAAAGGAGAUGGAUGGAAAGGCUAUGCUCAAGGAGGUCCAUAUCAUGCUAUUCAUGUUGGAGCAGCUGCAUCCACACUUCCUCAUGCACUUGUUGAGCAAUUGGCAAAUGGUGGCAGAUUGAUCAUUCCUGUUGGUGAUAUAGAUCAACACUUGAUGGUAAUUGAUAAGGAUAUCAAUGGCAAAGUCACCCAAAAGAAAGUAAUGGGAGUGAGAUAUGUUCCUCUUGUCAACCCAACAAAUUGUAAAUAA